AUGGCCUACUCAAACCCGGCAUUUGCUGCAAUGGGUAUCAAGUCCUUCAAACUGCCAAGCAGAAAUUGGUUGAUAUUUUGGUCUGUUGCCGGUACUCUGACAGGCGGUAUCAUCUAUGACAAAUGGAGACAGCGCGUUCUAAGGGAUGAAUACAUGAAGGAGUUCUCCAAACUAGGCAACCAGGAGUUCCCCAUCAACGAAAGACCUCGUCGGUUGAGGAUAUACGUGGCACCUCCUCCUAAUGAUUACCUGGACGAGAGUUUGAAGUAUCUAAGGAGAUUUGUCAAACCUAUCUUGAACUCCUCCGGUAUUGACUUCCAAAUCGUCACCAUGGAGAAACAGGGUGAUAUACGGUUCAGAGUUGCUCAAGAAAUCAGGGAUUUACGUAAGAGUAUAAUUGAACGUGAGUCUUCCAAGAAGGACCAAGCCGAAACAGCCACCAAUACAAAUACAGUCAGUCUUGACGAGGGGAAUGUCAAUUCAAUAAAAAGUGUCAAGGAGCUAUACCAGCCAAUGGACGUGAUUGGACUAGCCAAAAUCAAAGAUUUUGAAGAACUAAAGGAUAAAGUAACUUAUCAAGAUGGGUUAGUCGAGGAUGUCAGGCUGGCUGGUGGUAUCAUUUGUAUUGGACGCGGUGCCUAUAAGGAAUAUAUCAACGGUGUCCAUGAGGGACUGCUUGGUCCUUUAGAAGAGCCAGAGAGACCAAAGGAUGCCAAGAUUGAAGAGUUGGACAUACCAAAUGACAAUGUGAAGGAAGCGAAGGUAGAAAAGGACGAGGUAGAGGAAGAGGAAAAUAUAUAUGCACCACCUCCAUUUAUCUAUCCGAACGAGUAUAGAGACUGCCAGAUGGCCAAGGAGUUUGGCCUGGAUUCUGUUGAUUUUAACAACGAGAACCAAGUGUCUCAGGCAAUCAGCAAAUUGAGGGACGAGAAAACAGGCAUUCCUUUCUUCUUCCUACAGCCAGUUUUAGAAUUAAGAAACUACAAUGUUGCAGGGUUUACAAGACAACCGGAGAGAAUCUGGAGGUUCUACAACAAGAGAAACCAGUUGAUUGAAUAUAACGAAAAGUUGAUCAGGCUAAUCAAGGGUGAAUAUUGCCCGUUUGAUGAGGAUAAGCUGUAUGCGGGUGUUGAAGAGGAGAACGAUUGGCCAACAAGCUGGUUGAAAAGAGCCAAGGAAAACAAUAGUGAAUGGGUCAGAGAGUUUCAAGGAGAUGCUAGAGUCCUGAAACUAUUGUCGAGUUAUAAUUGCGAUUGCAACGAUAAAAAAGACUAA